AUGGCUAAAGACACUGUUUUAAUCGUCGAGGACGAUGCGGCGCUGAACGAGAUGUUGCGAUUUGUACUGGAUCGCAAUGGAUUUCGCGCAAUGCAAUCAGAAAGCGCCCAGACCGCGGAUCACUGCAUCGCGCGUCAAAUUCCUGAUCUGGUUCUGCUCGACUGGAUGCUGCCCGGCGUGAGCGGCAUCGACUACGCGCGCAAACUGAAAUCACACCCGUUGACGGCUGAUAUUCCCAUCAUUAUGGUGACUGCAAAGGGUGAAGAGGAAGAUAAGGUGCGCGGCCUCGACCACGGCGCAGACGACUAUGUCACCAAACCGUUCUCCAACAACGAGCUGAUGGCGCGAGUGCGGGCUGCUAUCCGCCGGGUCAAGCCGCAGAAGUCUGGAGAGGCCAUGACCUUCCUGAACAUUCAUAUUGACCCGGAGAGCCACACCCUGCGGAUAGACAGUAAAGUUGUCGAUACCGGCACUAAGGAAUUCCAGCUUCUUUAUCUGUUUUUACGCAAGCCGGACAGGGUCUACAACCGUACCCAGCUACUGGAUCAGGUCUGGGGCAAAGACAGCUAUGUAGACGAGCGCACGGUCGAUGUCUACAUCCGUCGUCUGCGCACGGUUCUGGAACAAAACGGCCAUAGCAAUUUGAUAAAAACGGUUCGCGGAGUGGGAUACAGGCUGGCGGCGGCCUGA